GCUUAGACACGGCUGCGUGCAAACAACGACGCUGGAAGCCGGAUAUGGAUUGGAUGCGGACGCAUUCACCUGCACCGAUAAUGUCAAAUGCUAGGGUACAUUGGUUUCGUUGUCUUUUAUUUACCAUUCUCCUCAGUACUGCGCUGACGGCAGAGGUCUCCCUGUGGAAUGUCUACCUGAACUCGUCGCAAGAUGUGGUCUUCCGGAAGACCUUGUAUGCAAACACUACUAUUUACAUGAAUUUCCUGGGGCCGGAGGAGUCUGCGCCUUGUGACGCAAACCUGGCCUUCAACAUCAGCUGGUACCUCCGCUCCUCCAUCUGUUACAACGAAGUCUUCAACACCCCGGAUAACAAAGCGAUCAACAUGUUUGGUCUGGAGAGCAUGCUGAAGGACGACUGGAGCGGCUACUACAGCCAGGGAUACAUGUACUUCGACAACUGCUCCUCUCUCUUCCUGCCCAAGGUGUACCACGGAGACUUCAACAGCUACCAGCCCCUCUCCCCACCCAGGAGCGAUCCCUCCAACCAGACUCUGAUAUGGAUGGAUAAACCGGACAUCGGUGCGGUGGCCAAAGCGUGGGAAGACGGCCCAUAUCUGUUCAUCGUGAAGGUCCAGCCCAUUUUGCGCCGCGGGGAAGACGUGGAGGACAGCACCUUCUCCUUCACAAUGAAAGUGGAGAUGAAGGGAUCGCAUGACUAUUCGUCCCCUGCUGAUUGGCCACUGAUGAUGUUCUUCAUGGUCAUGUGCAUCGUGUACGUGCUGUUCGGCGCCCUGUGGCUGUUCUGGUCGGCCUGCUACUGGCGGGACCUGCUGCGGAUCCAGUUCUGGAUCGGGGCCGUGAUCAUCCUGGGGAUGCUGGAGAAGGCCGUGUUCUACUCGGAGCACCAGAGCAUCCGCUACCAAGGAGACUUCGUGAUAGGUGCUGCGAUAUUCGGCGAGUUGCUUUCUGCCCUGAAGAGGUCUUUAGCCCGAAUCCUGUUCCUCAUCGUCAGUCUGGGCUACGGCAUCGUCAGGCCCCGGCUGGGCACCACAGUGCACCGGUUAGCGGCGGUGGGCCUGCUCUACCUCCUCUUCUCCUCCGUGGAAGGCGUGCUCCGGGUCACCGGUGGCUUCAACGGUACGGUGGCCUUGGUGGCUAACCUCAGCCUCUCCCUGAUCGACUCCUGCGUCAUGUGGUGGAUCUUCAUCAGCCUGUCUCAGACCACCCGCCUGCUGAAGCUCCGCAGGAACGUGGUCAAGCUCUCGCUCUACCAGCACUUCACCAACACCCUCAUCUUCUCCGUGGUCGCCUCCAUCAUCUUCAUCAUCUGGACCACCAAGGUCUUCAAGAUGGUGGAAUGCCAGACGGGCUGGAGGGACCUGUGGGUGGACGACGCCUUCUGGAGGCUGCUCUUCUCCACCAUCUUGCUGGUCAUCAUGGUGCUGCUCCGGCCCUCCGCCAACAGCCAGAGGUUUUCCCAUUCACCUCUGAUCGACGAAGACGAUGACGAAGAGGAGGCCAAGGAACCCAUGCUGAAUGAAGCGUUCGAGGGGAUGAAGAUGAGGGGCUCCAAGCCAGACACCAACGGCUCCCAGAAGCUGCUGAGCAAAGAGGAUGAGGAUCUCAAGUGGGUGGAGGAGAACAUCCCCACCACCGUGGCGGACGUAGCUCUGCCUGCGAUGCUGGACGAGGAAGAGGAAAUCCUCAAAACCAAAAUGGAGAGAUCCAAAAUGGAGUAGGAGCGGCAGCUGAGAGGUCGUGACCGGAGAGACGCCCAAGGCAUCGCAGCGGCCGGGAAUGAAAAGGCAAAUUAGCGGAGACGGCAUGGAGUGGCUGUCAUGUAAAUGAGAAACCAAAAAAAAAAAGAGAAUAUGAUUUGGACACAGCCUGUGGUUCCUAUUUUAUAUUAUUAAUAUUAUUAUUUAUAUAUUUUUUGUAUUUUGGGAGCUAUGUGCCACUGGGCGUGGUUCUUGGUUAGCCUGUCGUUGGCUUCCACUCUCGUACGGCCUGAAGGUUUCUACUGCAAGAUGUAGAUUAAAUCACAACCCAUUAAAAUGCUCAUUCAUAUCACCUGUUUGGUUUGGCACCAAGUCGGCAAGUUUAUUUAUUAGUUAAUUUAUUCACCUUUCAACCCCAAACACACUCAGGCUCCACUGAUUGUAAUAACUUGAAAUAACUGGUAAGAAAUAACGCUCUCGCUGCUCUCCCUACGUUGCACAUACGACUUGGUGGCCAACCGAGAAACCGUAACAGAAUGUACAAACCUCUGAAGGAUCCUAUGGGCAAUUUAUCACUGGGCGGAAAUCUUCUGAUAUAUCUACUUCCUGUUGUUAAAUGUUUUGGUAAACGAAAUAGAGUUUGCACUACAACGUUGGACAUGAUGCACAUGAUUGAGAACUUUUCUUUCUACAAUUAAUAUAUUUUUAAUUUCCUAAUGCAGCACGCUGUUAACUGCAGUGCGGUCCCCUGACAGAAACGGGUUCUGUAAAUGUGCCGCUGGGUGAAAUAUUAGGUUGAAGAUGAUUGGUUAUAUUUGUACUGUGACCUCGCUGCUGGUGCUGAACCUGAGUUGGUUGUAUUUGUUGCGACGCAAGGAAUACCUGUAUAAUAGUCUGGCUUAUAAAAACCUCGUGAAAUCUGCUCUAAAUUGUGAUGUGUUGCACAGAAUGAUACAUGACUUGGUCGUCAUCGCUAUGGCAUUCUUUAGAAUUCUUCACUUUCUACAAAGUAACAUUUAUUUACGUCUUAAUUGUGUCUGUCGGAUGGUCUUGUCGCAAUUUAACCCAUGCUUGGCCGAUCUCUAUACUGUAUAUGAGCAGAUUGAGCACUCACCCUAUUGUAACAGAAAGAGGGAAUCUUGAUCAUCCUGUAAUUAAUCAGGUCUGUCUGACUUCAUUUGACGAUAUUUUAUAUUUAUUUCUCUGUCUUCACUAAAGACACUCCUCCUAAACUGGAUGAAUCAUAUGCCGUCCUUCUGCACUCGUCAGAAUAUGUGUGGGCUUUUGGUGUAUAUUUAUGUUUAAUCUUAUUUUCAUUUGACUUGUUUCUAGAGGAAUUAGAGCUCUUGAUUCUGGUUGUCUCUCCAAGUUGUUAUUAACAAUUGAAUGAUAUUGUAUGGCUUUUAUUUGUUUGUCCUGGAAUAAAGUUUUUAUUGAAACCUA